CGCUAAUAACAGAUUGAAUAUAGGAAAUAUUCUUGGAACCAUUAUUAAACCAUUCAAAUAGUCAUAAGAAAUGGAAAGUACAGAAUCAAGAAUCCAUACUGUUGAUACGACGUAUAUCGAAACUAAACGGAGAGAAUUAAAGGAGUUCUUCAAAGAUUGUAAGAUUUCUCAAGAUAUUAUUGAUAAGACCAUUGAGAACGAACUAAAACCCUUAACGGAAAUUGGCGAUAGUAAAAGGCCUUAUAUCAAAGCAUCAGCCCCAGGAGUAGUGAAAACUGAAUAUGAAGUUAUGACAGGACAACCCUUCACAGAUAUAAGAGAAUGUACCAAAGUGUUAACAGGUGCCGAAAUCAAAGAAAUGAUAACUAGUAACCCAAUAAUUGCGGAAAAAUCCAAGCAAAUACAAAUAGCGGUAGAUACUGAAGGACGUUACAAAGGAUGUACAGUCCCUUAUGAUCAAAUUAAAAUGGGCACUUAUGAUGAAAUCACGAAAGAGUUGACCGAUGCAGAUGGCGAUGUUGAUAAAAUUCAAAACAUUAAAUACAAAAACAUGCAAUCGCUCUUGCAAUCCGUCCAGCGUUAUGAAACAAAUACACCAGCCAAGCCACAAGUAUUAGAAACUCGUAGUGGCAGCAAAGCAGAGAGCAGUGACGAAGGGGAAUUUGAGAUAGUUGACAAAGUUGUAACUGAAAUGACCAACAAAUCAUAUGAAACCAGAUUUACAGAAACAAAACAGAUGCUUCAAAAUUUAGCUGAUGAAUAUGAUAAACCAGUACUGGCCAAUGUUGAAAAUAUUUCUAAAUUAGCCAUUAAAGAAGAUCCUGUUCUUAAAGAGUCAUCAUAUCACCUUAUAAAGGGGGAAAAAAGACGCACCGCAUUUGAUGAAGUUCUAGACAGUUAUGCAAUAAAUGCAUCAAUGAACAUUCCUCUGGUUGAUAAUCCUGUCAAACCCGACCUAAGUGGUAAGCCAAAGCAUAUAUCUAAACUUAACAAAAUGAAAAAUAGCAAUCCGAAUUUAAAUUUCAAUGAAGUGUUCACAUUUGAAAAAAAAUUAGGCAAUACUCAUAAUGCGCUUAAAAAUAUUAAUUCAAUAAUUGAUGAAAUGAAUCCAGAAGAAAAUAUAUCUGAGAUUAAAGCGAAAAAUUUUAACAUUACAAAUAAAGCCAAUCAAGGAGAUGAUACUAGUACUAAUAGCAAUGGUGAAUCACAUAAUGACUCACAACUGUAUGGAAAAAUGGAAGAAUCACUUCAAAAUGAUCUUGCUAAUCUAUUUGAAGGUAAUCAUAACAACAGGGACACUAAUGAAAUGGAGUUUAAGGAAAUGAAAAAUUUAGCACGGAAUAUUGUAAGUGGUGCAGAAAAUCUUAGUGUUCUUAUAAAAGAAGAUAUUACAAAUAAAUUAAAUAGUAUGAAUGAACUAUUGAGCGAUGUGAAUCAAGCACUAGAAAACUCAAGAAAGUCUAAUUUAGUGUAUCAAAAAUUAAAAGAGGAAAAUGAUUUUCGGAAACAAAAUAGAACUCUCCCAAACGCUGAAACUGAACAACCAGGUUCAGUUUCUCAGAUGGACAUUGAUGGCAUUAACAAUGCUAUUAAAACUAUUAAUGCAGAAAUCACAAUCCAUGAAGAAAGUGUCACUAAAAGUAAAGAAUCUUGCGCCUUGCGGACACAAGAAUGUGAGACCUUUAUUAAAGAAGUUGACGUAGUUCUACAAAAAUCUCACGAACUAUUAUAUCCUAAGACUGCUUCAGAUACCAAUAAGAUAAACAAUGGUGCGUCUACUGCAUCAACCAUUAAGUCUAAUUCCAAUACCCAGAAAGAGCUGUUGUGGGAUACGGACACAAAAAUAUCUGACACCAAAAAACAACAAUUAGAGAGAGAUAUAAAAAUAAAUGAUCUUUUAUGUAAUAUUAAGGGUAAAAUGAAAGACAACAAGGAGGUGAUACGUUUGGCGAACAACAUGUUAUAUCGUGAUGAGACUACAAAGAGGGAUCCGGAAGACAAUUGCGAACUUCAUACAAUUUUAGAUAACGAUAUAAGGGCCCAGGGUGACCACUCUCGCGAACAAGAUUUACUUGUGCAAGAUGUAUCAAAAACAACUGAAGUUCCACCUCUCCAAGAAGAAAAUAAAGAAGAUGGUAAAAAUAAAAAGAAAGAACCAGAAAAGCAGAGGGAGUUCCAAGUAAAAGUGGUAAAAGAACUAGAAGAUAAGAAUAGAGGCCCCAGAAUGACGAAGGAAUUUAUAAGGAACCAUUGCAAGCAGCAUAAACUGUAUUGUACACCGUAUCUUAACGAUAUACUUUAUCUUCACUUCAAGGGUUUUUCAAAAAUCGAAAACCUCGAGGAGUAUACAGGACUAAAAUGCAUAUUUUUAGAGAAUAACGGCAUUCAACGAAUAGAAGGACUCGAUACUUUAUCUGAAUUGAAGUGCUUGUACCUUCACUUCAACCUUGUCCGCAAGAUUGAAAACCUGAACGGAUGCCCGAAGCUCGACACGUUGAACUUGGAUCAUAACUACGUGACUAAGAUUGAAAAUUUGGAUGUUGUUCCUGAUUUGCACACUUUGAGUAUUGCACAUAACAUGCUGACCACAAUAGAGGAUUUGGAUCACUUAAGGACGUGUAGAAACCUAUCAGUUCUGGACUUGUCUUACAACAGACUUGAAGAUCCAAUCAUCGUAGAUGUGUUAGCCGACAUGAAUAUACUUAAAGUGUUGGUGCUGUCCGGGAACCCAGUUGUUCGCAAUAUUCCCGCCUACCGUAAGACGUUGACGCUCCGUCUCAAAGAACUGUUGAAUCUCGACAACCGACCGAUAUUUCCCCGCGACCGGGCCUGCGUAGAGGCGUGGCAACGGGGUGGCAUACAGGAAGAAAUAGCGGAGAGGAAACGAUGGAUAGCUCGCGAACAAGAGAAGACGAACCAAAGUGUGCAGUAUCUUAUUAGAAUGAGAGAAGAGAACAAGGCCAAGAGAGAAGCAAGAGAAAAGGAGCUGAGGGAGAAGCAAGGCUCUACAAGCGAGGAACAAUAUGAAUCAAAAUCGACGCAAGACAAGUUACUCCCUGAUGAAGAAGAUGAUGAUAAGUCAUUAACAGCUGUAAAGACGAGUAAAGAUGGCGUGGUAAUGGAAAUGCUGACGGGAUCUGAGACUGAGGAUACAACAAGUGAGAGCAGCGAUGAUGUUGACACUGACACCGAGAAAGAAGGAACAUCUAAAAUACAAUGGUCUGACGUUGAAAAAGACCAAAGAAUUAUACAGGAAGUGAAAAGUGAGAACAAAGAGAUGACAGACGACGAGAUUUGGGAUGGAUUUGGCUCCAGAUACAAGGCGGAAGACAAUUCUAGGAAAGUGUAUUCAGAAAUUGAGGCUGUAAAUCAUUUACUAUUCUCCGAGCCGCACACAAGCAGAGGCAGAGUGACUGAAGUCUGGGAAGAAUCAACAAAGCCCAAAAAGGCUUUCAUUAAACAGAUAGACAGUUCGGAAGAAACACAGCAAAAUGAAGCAAGGCGGAAGCCGUUGAGGGAGAUUAUUGAAGAAUAUAAUCAAAUGUCAAAUGAAAAUACCAACAAAGGAUUAAUUGAAGAAGUCACACGCGAAACUGGUGUUGUGGAAACUGAUAAGGUUAUCAUAGAUCACGAAAACAAGAUUAUCACUGAAAAAACUGAACUGUACACAUGGAAACCACCUAUUAGCUGUGCAAUCAAAGGAAAAGGUGACAACGAGGACAAGAAAAUAAAAAAAGUUACUAUCCAAGAAGUUGAAAAUAGUAACACUCCAAUGGAUAGCGAUGAAAAGAAAAAGGAGGGCAGGGAUUCUAAUGCAGAAGAUCAAAAUGACCAAAUAGGGGAAGAAAGACCAAAAGGCUCAAACAAUAAUGACGAUGGAAAUGAACAACAAAGUGUUGGAGAGGGUGAUGGCGUGGCGCUGAUUAAUUAUCUCAAGAACAAUGACUAUGAGAACUGCGACGACAAAUUGAAGCCGAGCGCGGAAGACUUGGAGAUAUUUGCGGAGCUGGAGCGAGAACAGAUUGAGCGGGAUGAGAGAAUAGCGAGGGGGGAACCCGCUGUAGAUCCCAUGAAGCUGUACCACAGGGAGACAAUGGAGGAGUACCACAAGGACGAGGAGCGCGUCGCGGCGCACAAUGUGCGGGAGCGAUCGUACGUGACCACGUACCACACUGACAACGCGUACGACCGGAUCGCACUGAGCCAGCUCACUCAGGGGGAACCUGAUAAGAGUAAAAUCAAGCUUACUCACGUUCCUGGGGCAGUUCUAUUUCAGUACGUCGACACACAGGCACCAGCUCAUGUGGAAUGUGAAAUUGGUGAAGAGAAACUGGACUCUGCAACAUCAUCAGAAGAUACCGAAUCCAAUAGAACAGGAAGCGAUUCGAGUGAUGACAGCACGGGCGUUGUCCAUGUUAAGCAAACUAACGCUAAAACAAGACCCAAAACUGCUAACCGUAGAGGGAGUUUUAUCAGAUGUGAUGAUGAAAAAGAUCAAGAUGAUGGAAAGCGUGAUUGUGCAACUAUUGAGGCCAUCAAUGAAGAACAAGAAGCUGGUAACUCGACAGGAUCAUCGUUUGACAUCUCGAUGUUGAACGUGGAAAGCGAUCAAGCAAAACUAUUCAUAAUUAGCACGAUAAACUCUUACGAUGACGAUAGAUUCCCUUCUCAAGGCAUAAACUACGCGAAUAUGGCCCAGAAUGCCGAGAUAGAAGACUCGGUCGCGUCAGAGAUCCUGGAGCGAACACUUCGCUACGAGGAGCGGCAGUUAUACCAGCAGUGUGCUCUCGUGAACACGCACGCGGGCCGAGUCGACAACAGAACCAACGCGAUCAUAGAGACCCUGGCCGAUUCACUGCACCCUCAUCAGAUACCGUUACCGGCGGUGUCGAGAAUCCUCGAGGAUCAUAUAGAAAGGUCGGAGCGGCGAUGGCGCACGGGCUUCGUCGAGUACACGAGCCCCGACGGCUCCGUGGACGGUGAUGGCGACACGACUCUCGUGGCAAUGCCGGAAUCAUUGCGGUUAGACGACACGCUCACCCAAGACGGGCUGGCUGUCGACUCGGGGAUCGACAACGGCGAAACGCGAGACUUUCUGCCUAUUAGUGACGUGAGCUGUGCUAGCCCCGAUGUGACCAGCAAUCUAUCUGCGGAUGGCGACGAGGUUUUCGAGGACUGUCUGGAAGAUGUGGCUCUGGAUAAGGAUGAUCAUGAGAGGAAACAAUUUGAUCGAGUCGAGCAAAAAUAUUCGUUGGAGAUGAAACUGGCGCUCGGCAUUGAAAACCAACCAUGAGCCACAAAUAUAAUAUUACUAAAAGGUUCGACUGUUAGGUUUACGCAAAUAGAUGCGAACAAUACUUUUAUGCAACGAAAAUGUUUGAUUAUUAUUUAAAGAGUAGGUGUCGGAGAGAUGGUGUUCAUUUGUUUGAUUGGUAGUGCUCUCUUGUUAAGGGAAAUUAAAUUUAUUUGUUUUUGUUCAUGUGAAAUGGUUUAUUUUGAGUGUAGUUAAUAAUUUAUUAAACAUAUUUUAUAAA